GAAGAGCCCCGCUCUAAUAAUGACGUCACUUCCUCCGGAAUUUCCUUUUUCUGCGUAGCGAGGCGAGCGCUGGACGGGAGAAAAUGAGUAAAGUCUCCAGGGAUACGCUGUACGAGGCAGUGAAGGAGGUCCUGCAGGGCUCUGUUGCCAAGCAACGCAAGUUUGUUGAGACUGUGGAGCUGCAGAUCAGUUUGAAGAAUUAUGACCCCCAGAAGGACAAGCGUUUCUCCGGCACUGUCAGGCUGAAGACUCUCCCAAGACCCAAGUUCUCGGUCUGUCUUCUGGGAGACCAACAGCACUGCGAUGAGGCCAAAGCUGCAGAUCUGCCCCACAUGGACAUCGAGGCGCUCAAAAAGCUUAACAAGAACAAGAAGUUGGUCAAGAAACUGGCCAAAAAGUACGACGCGUUUCUGGCUUCAGAGUCUCUGAUCAAGCAGAUCCCUCGUAUCCUGGGCCCGGGUCUGAACAAGGCUGGGAAGUUCCCCUCCCUUCUGACCCACAAUGAGAACUUGAAUACAAAGGUGGAUGAGGUCAAGUCUACAAUCAAGUUCCAGAUGAAGAAGGUGCUGUGUCUGGCGGUGGCUGUGGGCCAUGUCAAGAUGACGGAGGAUGAGCUGGUGUACAACAUCCACUUGGCCGUCAACUUCCUGGUUUCUCUGCUGAAGAAGAACUGGCAGAACGUUCGUGCCCUGUACGUCAAGAGCACCAUGGGUAAACCCCAGCGGCUCUACUAAGUUGGAUGUUGAAAUAAAACGCCUUCCGCCUCA